ACUGUAUAUCAAAAUAUUUUGUGGUCGAUAAUGAAAUUCUGAAUGGGGAUCGUAAGGCCAGUUAAAAUAUUCACAACAUUACCUUUACUAAGUAGUUCUUUUCCAGUCUUCCAGAAGCGCGUGUCAGUGCGACUUUGUUUCAAGAAUCAUAACAUCGACAUGAACGAAAUAAAGGAAGAAGAUAACUGUAAUAACACCAACAAAAGCAACAACGAAAUUCAGAAACGAUCUGUGAAAUGGACCGCCGUUCUCUUUUAUAUUUAUCUUCAUGUCAUUGGUCUCGUUGGACUAUACAUUCUGUUUAAAGCAAAAUUAAUGACGAUAUUAUACUUUAUAUUCCUCAUCAUAAUUAGUACCAUAGGACUGACUGUGGGUGCUCACAGAUUAUAUGCACAUCAAACAUACGUUGCUGUAUGGCCACUCAGACUCUUUAUAGUGCUAACACAUACUAUGGCAGGGGUGGGUUCGAUAUAUGACUGGGUCUUUUGGCAUAGAAUACAUCAUAGAUUUUAUGGCACCGAAAGGGAUCCGUACAAUCAUAAGAAAGGGUUCUUAUACUCCCAUGUGAUUAGUAACUUCUUAUCAGCACCCUCUGACUUGAAGACAUAUGCGAGAGAUAUUGAUAUGUGCGAUGUGGAAAUGGAUGGAUAUGUUUGGACGCAAAGAAAGUUUUACUGGAUAUUAUUCAUCGUGCUCGGACUUCUGCUGCCUAUCAACGUGGCAGUAACAUACUGGGAUGAAUCGUAUGCUAAUGCGAUUUUAAUCAUUGGUGCAGCGCGGUUAUUAAUAACUACCAAUAUUUCUUGGCUAGUGAACAGCGCGUUAUUGGUGUGGGGCCUGAAGAUGGGAGACAAGUUCCCGGUCGAUGACAAUUCGGUUUUUUUCGUGUCAAAGUCUUACUGGCUGAAUUAUCAUUAUGUGCUUUCAUUUGACUGGAAAAAUGAUGAGUUCGGUGCUUAUGAAAACGGUUUUAACACUUUCAUCCUCAAGAUGUGGCGUGAACUCGGACUAGUUAACGAACUAACGACUGUUACCAGCGAAGAUGUACGUGAAGCUCUUUAUAAGAUUGCCACAUCAGAGAUGACGAUGGAUGAAGCUUUCGCGGAGAUAAAAGAAAAUUCGGUACAAACCGCUCUUAAGGAGACGUUAAUAUUUACGCAUUAGGAAAGCAAAUUUUCCAGAUAAUAAAUUAACUUUAAUAAAAUUGUUAGAUGUAAUUGAUAUUUUACAAAUGUUAAUUAAAAAACUAAAUUUAAAAAAUUUUAAACACUAAUACCUGCAAAACGAAAAUCUAAUUAUGAAAGUUAAUUAAUUGUGGAAUUCAAACCCCCAACUUACACCAACUAUGAAAUUUCUUGCUAUGUAUGCUCAGAUAGCCUAGACCUGUCAGAACAGAUUUCGUUAAAUGCCCACUACAAAUUUUGAAGGCAGAAAGACUGCAGAUUGCAUACAGGAACUGAUAUAUUCGAUAUGUUGCCAGCAUGUCAGCAAAAAUACAAUAAAAUCUACUCACAUAACUGGACCUGCUCGGUUUCUGCCUACAAUCUGUUGACAGCAUACACUGAGAGACUCAUUUUGUUGAGUAAAACAAAAUAAUUUGAUUGAAUCUGUUGCCAAAACAAAUACCAGAUGCGGACACAGAUGGCUAUGAUUUUGAUAUGGGUUUCUGAUAAAUCUGCUGCCAAUCUCAUGCCAAUCUGCUGACAUUUUGCUGAUUGAGUGUAUACAUACACAUGUAUUAUUUCAUUUAUAAAUUAAGUAUAUAUGAUGAUAAAUUUAUUGUCUAAUAAGAAUGAUACUUGCUAAUUUAGAACACCGAACAAUCAUUUCUAAAUUACUCGCAAUUAAACUGAUAUUUGACGUUUGAAUUAAAGCUAUAGGUACCGAAUAAAAAGACGUGAUGUACCUACUUAAAAAUGUCUUUAAAAAUAUAUAUUUUAUUAUACACUA